AUGACGUGGUGGAGUUCAAGAACCUGUGUGGAGGAAGUGGGGCAAAAAAUUACAGAGGUUUGUGGAGCCAAGCGUGUGGGUUAUUUUGGUCCUGCUCAGUUUUAUAUUGCUUUGAAGUUAAUUGCAGCAGCACAGUCAGGGUUUCCAGUACGGAUUGAGAGCAUUAAGAAUGAAUUGCCUUUACCACGAUUUAUGGCACUGAAAAAUGACACUGAAGUACGUUAUGGGACUCCAGCAGAAUUCCAUGGAGUUAAAUUUCAGGUUCCACAUGCAACUUUGGAAAAAAAUUCCUACAAAAGAACAGAUGAAGGGGACAAACAGGAACCCAAGUCUCCUCCGAUGUCUCCAAUUUGCUCACCUCCCUCUUCUCCAUCUACUUACCAGAGAAUACCGCUAAAUUAUGGAUAUGGUAAAGCAAGAGGUGGGCUGGAACAGCAGCAUGGAGCUCCUUAUGAAGUCAGACACUCUACUCACCAGCAAGAUGGACCAUCAUCAGGGAGUUAUGGAGCCAAAUCUGCACUCACCUGUUCAACUCCUAACCGGUCUGUUUCAGUGGAGCGGGAGCAGCAGGACAGCAGCACCCAGUACUCAGAUGACCCUUGGAGGAUAACAGAGGAGCAGCGAGAUUACUACAUUAACCAGUUCAGGUCCCUGCAGCCCGACCUCAACGCCUUUAUUUCCGGUUCCAUAGCAAAGAAUUUCUUCACAAAAUCCAAGCUUCCCAUCCUGGAACUUUCUCACAUCUGGGAGCUGAGUGAUGUGGAUUGUGAUGGGGCACUGACACUCCCAGAGUUCUGUGCUGCUUUCCACCUUGUGGUUGCGAGGAAGAAUGGUUACCAGCUGCCUGAGACACUGCCAGAGACGCUGCUGCCCGAGUACCUUCAAGCAGCUUGUUUGAAGCCCAUACGUGACUGUGCACUAUUUGAUUCUUACUCUGAGCCACUGCCAAGCAGCCAGCAGACCCGGGACUUCAGUCGGACAGAGAAGUCAUCAGCUGAAGAGGUACCUGAUAACUCUGCCCUGUUACAAGAUGGAAAGAAAGAUGACAAACAAGCUCUUAAAGUAAGCACUACUCUCAAAACUAUACCAAAGGAAUUUCAGCACUUGACUGUGAAAGCAGCUGCUCAAGAACCUAAUGCACUCAGAGCCAGACCACGAUCCAGGUCUUAUUCUAGCACAUCAAUAGAAGAUGCCAUGAAAAAGGGAGAAGAGCCCCCUACUCCACCUCCAAGGCCACAAAAAUCACAUUCCAGAGCUUCCUCAUUGGAUCUGAACAAAAUAUUUCAGCAAAGCACACAAGCUGUGAGGUCUGGCUGGCUGCCCCCACCACCACCUGCACUGCCCCCUCGACCUUCUGUGUCUCAGACAGAGCAACCAUCUGAGGUUGAAUUACACCCUCAGAUGAACAGACCCCCAUCGCAGGCAGAAGAAAACAGUUCAGCAAAAAAGGAGGUUGUUCUUGCUCAACCACCCUCCAAACCCGCCCGCAGGAAGCUCCGGACAGAGGCACAAGGGCUGGAGACCCCUGAGCUUUCUCCCACUAUAAAUGUGACUUCAUCCCUGCCAGCAGUCAAGCCUCACCUCCCAGUCCAAAAACAGUCUUCCAAGCAGAAAAGGGCUAUUCAGACCGCUAUACGAAAAAACAAAGAAGCCAAUGCUGUGCUCGCCAGGUUGAACAGUGAGCUCCAGCAGCAGCUGAAGGAGGUUCACAAGGAACGCAUUGCCUUGGAAACGCAGCUGGAGCAGCUACGUCCUGUCACCGUCUUGUGACUGCCCACACGGCCGAGCAGAGCAGUGUCCAGCAGCCCUGCAAGGAGAGUUCUGUGCAGCUGAGCAGGGUCUCUGCCAAGGCAGUGGGGAGGACUGGCCUUGCCGGGUCUCUCUUCACCCCAUUUAUGCACAUUUUGCCUUUGCAGGUGAGGAAGGUACAGAACCAAAUACCUGACUAUGGAAUAUUUCUGAGUGGGGGAUGCUUUGCCUUUUUUCCUCCCCCUUCCUAGCCUAAUGUGUAAAUGCAGUUUAUCACUGAAAUGAAUAACCUGAGAGUAUUUUAUUUAUGUAAAGAAUUCCUGAUUUAUAUGCGUUUUGGCAGCACCUCCUGCCCCGAUCAUUAAGAGGUACAGAGUUCCUGAGUUCUUGCUUAAAUUGAAAAUUCAUCCUCUGAGAUGUGCUUCUGGAUGUUACUGAUUCCUGUAGGAUUGUAUCAUUGUAGAGUACCUGUGGAUUUAACAUACCAUAGGAAUAGAACUUGUGAGAUGUACAGAAUCUUUAUCCUUAAUCACAUGUCAAAUAAUUAUUUUCUUAGUACUGUUUAUUAUGCAAUCACGAAUGUAUUUUAAUGUUAGAUAACUUGUAUUUUAUUAGUUCAAGUCAUAUAAGAGAACAGUAAAAAAUACUAAAAUAUAAUUAUUUUGGAAAUUAGGAAAAAAAUCUUUUUGAGCUACAGCUGUUUCUAAUCACCAGUAUUUGAGCACUUGCUUGCAACUACCAGUGUCUCUGCAUUCUUUUAGCAUGUUUGAGAUGACUGGUGUAUAGCUUUUUUCUUUUCUUUUUCAUCUUUAACCAGUAGUGUACUUCUAACAAGAGGUUAAAAAUGCAUUCAGGGCAUUUUUAUAAAACCUAUUCUAUGUACAUUCUUAUUAGUCUGCUUUGUUGUCUUAAUAGCUGAUGGUAUGUUUUAAGGAUGUGUACAAGAAUUGUACUUCCAGAAGAGGGAAGAUAGUAGAAGUGCUAUGUGUGAGGCUAUAAAAUGUGAGAUGGAAGUAAUUGCCUUUUGCAGCAGGCUUUUGUUAAGGUUCCUUUGCACAUCAGUGGAGAUGCUCCUGGUAGGAGAAAGCUGCUAAUGCCCAACUAUUUUCUAAAUGAGGAAGCAAAGAUUAAUCUUUAACCUGCAUUCGAUCCAUGGAUGCAGUGGUUGGUGGCCUUGGUCUCAGUUCUUACAGUGGAAGCUGGUUAAUGAAUGUUGCUGUAUUUCUUGGGGCAAUACUCCUGGACUGAGUGACUUCAGACAUAAAGAUGUCAACCCUGCUCCCACCAUGGCUAUGGUGUGCUUUACUGGAAGGGGAUGUCACCUACCUGUUGUCCACCUUAAACACGACCCUGCACGUGUCUCACUGCCCUGAUUUAAGUGUAUGUGGUCGCCUUGCAGAAACGGUGCAGUAAUUUUGUCACCCUUGUGGGUGUGAUGCUUGCUUGCUCCCUGUGGCUGUAGGACGGUCCUGGGGCCAAGAGGGAGGAGAAGCAGGUUUGAAUCAGCUGGGUAACCUCUCCUUGGAGCAUCAUGGAAUGGCUGCCAUGGCAUAUCACAGGGCACCAGAGCAGCCAAAAAUUGAGAGAUAGGAAAGGCAUCACUGGGAGUGCUUAAAGUGGUAAGGAAACAAUCUACUUUUGCUGAAAGGUAUGUGGAAGGGGGACGUGAAUCCAGAAGUCUGCAGGUGAAAAUAAGCAAUUGCAGAAUUGUUACUAAAAGUCUGUUUUUGUAAUGCACUGUUUUUGAUUCAACUAAAGAUCACUGUGCCAACAAGCAACAACUGUUCUUCUGGAUUUGGGACUUAUGUGGCUGCUGCAUAGCUGAGGUCAGUCAGGUGGUCAUUCCUCAUCAGUGACAAAAUGCGAGGAAUGCAAGCUUUUCUGAGAAUCUGCAAAAGAGCCUCCACCCUCUUGCUAAUAGUGGUAUUGCUGAGAAUUUAUCAUCGUUUACUUCAUUUGUUCAUAAUACUGCUGAGUCAUUCCUAAGAUUUAAUGAGGUUAAGUGGUGGCCCUGUUUGCUUUUUUAGUUCAUACAUUGUUAUUUGGUUAAUAUGCCCGUACUAUUUCAUAGGAAAUAAUCAUAUGGCACACUUAUUUUUUCUUUAAUGGGUGAUUUUUAAGGAAGGCUUUUAAAUGAUUACAAGGAAGUGUGCACGUUGCAUUUUUAAGGCAGUGGAGGACUUUUUCAUGUUUGAUAGGAGCUUCCUUUGAAAUAAUCUCUCAUUUAUUUCACCUGAGUUAUUCAUGGAAUAUAUGCUGUUCAAGGGAAGAGUGGAAGAGUCUGCUUUAUACUGUUGUUUUUUGAAAUGUCUCCCUUCUAAGAUCCAGGAGUUUUUUUCAUUUACUGGAAAUUAUGAUACUUGCUUAGCCAACAAUGAAAUACUUGCUUGGCUGUUAUUUUACCACUGGAUUAAUUAAUAAAAGUAUCUAAUAAUCUCUGCA